AUGGAUGCGGAAGAGUACCUGCAUAUGAAGGAGCGGGAGAUGAUGGAAGAAUAUGGCGCAGUGAUUUUGUCGCAACGCAACGAGAUUGAACAGCUUCAGCGGCGGUGCAGCGAACUGCUGCAUGAACGGAGUUUCAUGAGGGCAUCUGUGGCGGAGGAUGUGCGUCAAUUCUGUGUGGGGCACUUACAGAGGCAGCAGGCACAGCAGCAACGAGCAUCGGGCCGGUUAGCAACUUCCAGUGCCUGCGUACAAUCCAUUCCUGUACUGCACUUACUGCAGUUUCUCCACCAGUACACAUCAGGGGUUGUUCCGGUAAUGGAGACGGAGAAACGCAAGCGCCCACGUGAAACCGGAACCGGUGGGAUAUGCCCCAAUACACCACAUCAGCAGAGACUCGUGCAGCGGAUGAUAACUCGGCGGCGCUUGUGCAUACGGGAAGGUGAUAGUGAGGAGUCUCUCCAGGGUAUUGAAGUGCAAUCGGCCGAACAACCCAUCUGUGCGGAUCAAGUUCAUUGA